AUGGAAUCGGAUCAUGGCAGUAGACUCAACCCUUCUGUGUGUUGGUAUCACAAUUUGUACGGUGAUACGAUGACUACUUACAGAUUCAGAGAAGACUCGGGCCACCACAAAAUAAGAUGUUUUGGCUCAUGUCUCGAAAUUGCGCCACGUAGUGGGUGUGCUGGUGAAGUGGUUUGCUGCUUGGUUUGGAAGCCGUUUUUGCUCACGAUGACACCAUCCACCAUCUCGACACCGUUGAGAAGGGCAGUCAGAUAUCUGGCAACGGCUCUGCCGCAACAAAUUCGGAUCGAUUCGGCUAAUGGGCAGAUGCCCUACACCACUACCAACAGGUGGCACGCAGCCAUGAAUUUUCUGCCCAAGCCAAGCAAAGUUCCGCGCUACCAUUACCCGAUCAUCCUCACCAGCGUCUUCAUCUUCACCAUGUACUUCGCUUUCUUAAGGGAGAAGAAUGAAUUCGAUUUAAUCUUUGAACAACCACCCCGCCCACUAGCGCCGUUACAACCUACUCAGGAUCACUAG